AUGUUCUCCCUCCUUUCCUCCAAAACUGAUGUCCUCUUCCCCGCCUUGGGCAGCAAAUCCUUCUGCUACCGCCGGCUGCAGUACCUGAGCUCCAAGUUCCAGAUGCACGUGCUCCUCAACGAGAUGAAGGAGCUGGCGGCCCAGAAGAAGGUGCCCCACCGCGACUUCUACAACAUCCGCAAGGUGGACACCCACAUCCACGCCUCGUCCUGCAUGAACCAGAAGCAUCUCCUGCGCUUCAUCAAGCGGGCCAUGAAGAAGCACCUGGAUGAAAUUGUCCACGUGGAGAAGGGCAAGGAGCAGACGCUCAAGGAGGUCUUCGAGACCAUGAACCUCACCGCCUACGACCUGAGCGUGGACACGCUGGAUGUCCACGCGGACCGCAACACCUUCCACCGCUUCGACAAGUUCAACGCCAAGUACAACCCCAUCGGCGAGUCCAUCCUGAGGGAGAUCUUCAUCAAGACGGACAACCGCGUCUCGGGGAAGUACUUUGCCCACAUCAUCAAGGAGGUGAUGUCCGACCUGGAGGAGAGCAAGUACCAGAACGCCGAGUUGCGGCUCUCCAUCUACGGCCGGUCCCGGGACGAGUGGGACAAGCUGGCCCGUUGGGCCGUCAACCACCGUGUCCACUCCAACAACGUCCGCUGGCUCGUGCAGGUGCCCCGGCUCUUCGAUGUCUACCGGACGAAGAAGCAGUUGGCCAACUUCCAGGAGAUGCUGGAGAACAUCUUCCUGCCCCUCUACGAGGCCACCAUCCACCCUGCCCAACAUCCCGAGCUGCACCUCUUCCUGGAGCACGUGGAUGGCUUCGACAGCGUGGAUGAUGAAUCCAAACCAGAGCACCACAUCUUCAACCUGGACAGCCCCUUACCGGGCAACUGGGUGGAGGAGGACAACCCACCCUACUCCUACUACCUGUACUACAUGUACGCCAACAUGACGGUGCUCAACCACCUCCGAAGGAAGAGAGGGUUCCACACCUUCGUCCUGCGCCCUCACUGCGGGGAGGCCGGUCCCAUCCACCACCUCGUCUCGGGCUUCAUGGUCUCGGAGAACAUCUCCCAUGGCUUGCUGCUCCGCAAGGCCCCCGUCCUGCAGUACCUCUACUACCUGGCGCAGAUCGGCAUCGCCAUGUCCCCCUUGAGCAACAACAGCCUCUUCCUCAGCUACCACCGCAACCCCCUGCCCGAGUACCUCUCGCGGGGCCUCAUGGUCUCCCUCUCCACCGAUGACCCCCUCCAGUUCCACUUCACCAAGGAGCCGCUGAUGGAGGAGUACAGCAUCGCCACCCAGGUCUGGAAGCUGAGCUCCUGCGACAUGUGCGAGCUGGCCCGCAACAGUGUCCUCAUGAGCGGCUUCUCCCACAAGGUGACAACUUCGAUAGAGUCUCCCAAAGCAUCCUCCUGGAGAAACCGGCCACCCACGGCUUGGGUGGGAGGACUCUCC